UCAAAUUGUACAAUUUCAUCAAAUGAUUUAUGAGAAGUGGAAUUUCAAGAAAUUAUUGGAAUUAGAAAAUGCUAACUAUAAACAAAAUGAAGAAUCUUUAGAAUCGAAAGAGAAUAUAUCAGCAACGGUAGCGCAUCGUAGAUCGCGUCGCUAUAAAUAUAAGCGAACUUCGGUAACGAUUUUCCAUAAAAUGCCUAGUCAAAAAGAUGUGUCAGAAAUAAGACAAACACCAAACUUCGUUUCGAUUAACAAUAAGGAAUUUACUAAUGAAAAAGAGGAUUUGAAUAAACUAGAUGACAUUAAUCUUUCUCCUAUCAUUGGUGAUACUAAAGUUAUUGAACUUUGGAGCAACUCGACAAACCGCGCAGCAGAUAAAUUACAAAUUGCAACAAACAACGUUUCUUUGGUUGACUGUGAUCAUAUGCAUGGGUUAUUAUUCUAUUUAUAAAAAAUCAAAUUUCGUCAAAUUUAUUGAAUUUAGAGAAUAGUUUGCAACAUAUACUUGUUUGCUUAAAAAAUAAAAUAUAGAUUAGCAAGUCAGCGACAAAAUGAAAAAAAACUAUCCUUUGAAGCUUGGAAAAAUAAGAAAACUAUCACAUAUAAACGAAUACUUAAAAAAAUAGAAACUGAAAAACAGCA